AUGGCCGAGCUAACUGAAGCUAUCCCUCAAGGCUCCCUCGUCCUCAUAACCGGUCUCACAGGCUACAUUGCAACACAUGUGGCAAAGGGAUUCUUCUCCCGUGGAUAUAAAGUGCGUGGGACGGUUCGUGAUCUUUCUAAGGCAUCUUGGAUCAAAGAUGAUCUAUUCUCGGCUGAGAAUGCGGCUGGAAAUCUAGAACUUAUCGAAGUGCCAGACCUCGGAGCCCCAAAUGCCUUUGGUGCUGCCAUUAAAGGAGUUGCAGCUAUCGCUCAUAUUGCCACUGUCUCGAGCUUCGAUCCGGACCCGAACCAAGUUAUUCCACAAACUGUGUCUGGCAUUGUUUCGCUUUUACGCGCCGCCGCUGCAGAGCCUUCCGUUAAACGCAUAGUUUUCACGUCUUCAGCUGGCGCAGCCAUGAUGCCUAUCCCUGGUGCGUCGGGAUAUGUCGACCGUGACACAUGGAAUGAUGCUGCUGUGCAAGCGGCGUGGGCUCCACCACCAUAUGAUGCUACCCGCGGCCUGACCACCUACAUGGCGAGUAAGGUGGAGGCUGAGAAGGCUGUUUGGAAGUUCAUUCAAGACGAGAAGCCCAACUUUGUGCUGAAUGUUGUGAGCCCAUUUACCACGCUUGGCGCUAUGCUUCAUCCCAGCCAUGCAAGGGGCACAGCUGGAUGGGUGAGCGGAUUGUGGAAGGGUGAUACAAGCCAUGUUGGCUUGCUUCCCUCAUCAAUCUACGUGAAUGUCAAAGAUGUUGCAGUCCUUCAUGUUGCAGCCAUUCUUGACGAGGAUACCAAGGAGGAACGUAUCCAAGCCUGGGCCGCCCCUUUCAACUGGAAUGAUGUCCUGGCUAUCAUGCGACGUCUUUAUCCGACCCAUAAAUUUGUUGACGAUUUUCCGGAACCGGCGACAUUUUCCACAACAACUGAUGACAGUGUUGCACUGAAGUUGUUAAAAAAAUGGGCUCAGCAAGAUGGCUGGAAGAGUUUGGAGGACGGGAUUCGUGAGACUAUAAGCAGCUUUUCAUAG